AGUGUGUUAGUUCGUCCUCGCGCUGAGGGCGACGAGGUAAGGGGGUGGGAGGUGGUUCUGUUCAAUAUCCCGUGAGGACCAGAUUGUGAUAGCGGAGGUAGCGACUCGUUAUCUGUAUUGGGAUGAGGCGUGGGAUGACGGCAGCGGUGGUGGUCUGUUUCUGAUCUGCGAGGAAGAGGGGGGAUGGGGCGGUGUGGAUGUGGAGGACACAAAGUACCGAACAGGGGCAAGGCAUCGGCAGUGCCAGGCCCCGGCCAUGCCCAUGCCCCUGCCUGUGAACAACAAAGCCACAUUGCCCAGCCCGCCACGGCUGCUGCUGCUGCUGCUGCUGCUGCGACCGAGGCGGUGGCGGCGGCGGCGGCUGUGGGCCUGGCGGAGCCCGUAGGGCCAGGACGACGUGGAGUCGACGUCGAGCCGAGCCGAGAGCCGCAACUAUUCCACUCCAGUCCAUUCCCCUAUCAACUGCAGACAGCGUGGCGGAAACGCGCUCGCCUUGCCUCGGCCCCGCGGAGAGCUGCUGAGGUCCCCUGGAGCCGCGCCCGGCCGCGCCGCGCCGUGCCCCGCCACGCCCCGCCACGCCACGCCGGAUAUGUGACGACGGAGGACUAGCCGGCGGCAGCAACAAGGGGCAAUCUCGGAAGAUAUGAAGUGACAUUGAAUCGGGCGCGACCCAAAGUUUUCGAGUGCUGUGUUGCAUAUUGAAGUUUCGGUGCGCUCAGCUCUGCUCGCCCCGCCCCGCGUCGCAGAGACUACUCGGACAUGGGGGAAGGACCGAGCAGGACUUUGAACCCGCGGAAGUGAGCAAGUGAGUUAGGAGGAAGUGGAAGCUGGGGUAGAGCAGGAGCAGGGGAGGGGGCCGGCCGAAGGAGAGUGGCUGAGCUCCGCCAGCUCCGCCAGCUCCGCCAACCCGGCCCGGCGACGACGCGGGCCCUCGCAGCCCGCCCCGGCAUGAAUGGUUAUGGACGCGGUCUGCUCGGACCCAGACUCGUCCCUGGGGCUCGCCGGCCUCUUCAGUCUACCCCCGCUGCUGGGGGGAGCCCCCGCCGCCGUGCCCGUGUCGGCCCCCGCGGGCUGCAUGGGGGCGGGGGCGGGGCCACCGGGGGCGUGGGGGCAGUACCCCGACCCGCCCCCGGUGAUGCUGCUGGCCCACGACGCCAACCUGAGCCCUGCAGUGCCGCUGAGCCCCGCCCGGGUGGGCUGUCACUUCUGGCCCGACACGUGCAGCACUCCAGGCUCCGCCACGUCCACGUCCUCGUGGGCCGGCGAGUUCUCCGAGCUGGACUCGGAGCUGGACUUCCUGCUAGGCGACGGCGGCGCGCUGUCGCUGUCGCUUUCCCUCUCUGAGGGCUCGUCGUGCACCUCGCCUCUGCCCGAGCGCACGCCCCUGUGCACCGAGUUCUGCGACGGCUUCCUGCAGGAGAGCGCACAGGAGCUGGCGUUCGCCGCGUACGCCCCCAGGAUGGUCGUCCUCGGCGUGGACCUCCCCGCCCUCGCCAGCCACUACUCAGAUCCGUCCGAGACGUGCCGUACGGGCACCGCGGCGUCCCCGUGGACGCAGACCCUACCAGCCUCCUCGCGGCCGACGCCGCCGAGGCCGCCACCACCACCACCGGCUGUGGUCCGGGGCCGCGGCGGAGGCCACCGCAGCACCGAGGCGGCCCUGGCCCUCGCCGCCCACGACUACAGCAAGCAGCUCAAGACCGCGGCCUCCGAGCAGGACGUGGGCGCUGCGGCUCUGGACGACAAGGUGUUCCCCUGCCCGUUCGGCGAGUGCGGCAAGCUGUACGCCAAGUCCUCGCAUCUCAAGGCGCACCUCAGGCGGCACACCGGCGAAAAGCCCUUCGCCUGCACCUGGGUCGGCUGCGGCUGGAGGUUCUCGCGGUCCGACGAGCUAGCCCGGCACCGACGCUCUCACUCGGGCGUCAAGCCCUACCAGUGCAAGAUCUGUGACAAGCGGUUCGCACGCUCCGACCACUUGACGAAGCACCUCAAGGUGCACCGUCGGCACCGCUGGCUGCAGGAGCGGCGGGCGCCGGUGGCGGUGCACGGCGGCGGCGCGGGAGGAGCGGCGGCGGCGGCGGCCUCCGGGGGCGGCGCGGCGGGCUCGCCCGGGUGGCGGCGUCCCCGCGCCGGCUGUAAGACUGAAACUUACUUGUGAAAAUAUAUAUGAUAUAUGAAAUACUCAAACCAACAGAAACUGUCUGGCUGCGCGAUGCGCGAGUUGAUUGAUUCCUGGUAGCCGGCCUCGUUAUCUGACGACACACAGCAGCAGCAGCUCACAGCACGACACCGCGUCACGUGUCCCGCCGCGGCAUGCGCGCCAGUACGUUUCAGCCGAACAGCGCUGACGCUGGCUGACGCUGGCUGACGCACCGCCGCAUGUCAGCUGUCGCUCCCGGGGGACUCCCCGGGCCGCCCUUCCGCAGGACUCGUUAUCCCUCCUGAGCCAGGGGGCAGGGCAGGGGUGCGCCCGCCGCACCCUCCCUUAUUGCUGCCCAGCGACACGAGGGCGGAGCGGGAGUCAAGUGCUCAGCCAAGCAGGUAAAAGUGGGCGUUUUGUGCCAAUAAAUGAUUUCAUGCUACCCACGGUGGGUGAUUCUACCACACACGCAGAAGAAAGUCGAACCUCUGCUAAUUUUUCAGCACCGGGGCGUUAAAGAAUUAACUGA